AUGGCUCGUUCUCGACUUAGCUCGCUCUCUCCAGCCAUCCCAUUCUUUUUCCUCGCCCUCUGGGCCUCGUUCCUAAAUGCAUCGUCCGCAAGCGAUCUGUUUCCAUCCAUCCCGGAAAGCCGCACCGAUGAAUGGAGCGCGAUGCGUCGGUUAUCCAGAAUCUCGUACACGCCCAUCCGUGGCUCUCACAUCAGCAUGCGCGGUCUCACGGAAAUCGCGUCUUCAGGAGGAAUCAGAAGCGGCAGCGCGAGCAUGCGACAAACGAAGCUUCCGCAUGGAGUCAGAGCUCUGAUCGAUAACAGCGCCCAAGUAGGCGCAUCUGCGUCGAAUCCCCCGCCCAAGAACAUCGGCUACCACUGGGACGAUCCCAGUGCCGCCUACAUGUGCUCCGCGAACGCCAAGUACUGCGGAGUCAUGCACGAGCCCAUCGCAGUGUACCUCGUGUGGUACGGCGUGUUCACGGAAGCGCAGAAGCAGAUUAUGCGCACGUUUAUCGAGUCACUCAAUACUGGUAACAGCAACGACACAUCUCUGACCGUUCCCAAGUGGUGGAACAUCAACCGGCUCUACUACGACGCUCAAGGCAACAACAUUUCCGGAUCCGUCACUCUCAAGGGCGAGAUCGACGACACACUCUACUCCAAAGGCACCACUCUGUACAACUCUGGCGUCGCCGACCUCAUUUCUUCCGCAGUGAACGACGGGAAACUUCCCAAUGACAGCAACGGGGUGUAUUUCGUCCUCGGGGAUUCCAAAGUGGCUCAAGAGGACGACUCAAGCUACUCUCAGUCAGGAUUUUGCAGCAGCUACUGCGGAUGGCACGCGUACACCCACGACAACCUCGAGCUCGUGAUUUCUUUUGUUGGUAACGCAGUAACCAGGUGCCCGGAGGGCUGCAUCCCGCCGUACCUGAACCAGCCGGGGGCGGUGGCACCGAACGGCGACGCGGGGAUGGACGGGAUGGUGUCGGUGGUGGCGCAUGAACUCGCAGAGGCCACCAGCAGCCCCUUCCUCGCCACGUGGUUCAACGACCAGGGCGAGGAGAACGCCGACAUCUGCGCAGGAGACUACGGGGAUGUGACCCGUGAUGCGACCACGGGAGCGUAUUUCAACCUAGAGGGUGUUCGGGGAUCAAAGUUCAUCGUACAGGCGAAUCUCGACCCAGUUACCGGCCGCUGCGUAGUGCAGUCUGACGGGCCUGAGGCUUUGGGAAGUCCCAUGGCAAUUAAAAGUAUCAGCCGGCCGUCGUUCCAUAUACGAGCCAUCGUCGCACUCCUCCUCUUCGCCGCACUCUCAACCAUCGCCUGCGCGCGACAGCACAGACGACUCCUCAAAUGGCGCAAGCGCACGGACGAUAACCUUCUGAUGCGCGGCGCGAUGCCAGAGGGGAUCGCGCAAGUCGUCGACACGAGCGAACCCGUCUCCUCAUCUUCCGCUGCUGUAAACUCCGCGGCUCGUUCCGCCUCCGCCGCUUCUUCCGCUUCCGCCGUGUCUUCCGCCCCCGCCCCUUCCCCCGAGGCUGUGAGCCAGAUGAUCGCCUCAGCGCUCCGCGCACCUUCCUCCUCCGCCUCGAUUUUUCCGCCGCGCCACUCCCCCGCCUUCCACAACAUCGACCCGCAUUGGGAUGAUCCCGAGGUUUCCAGCGUGUGCAACCCCGUUACAAAGUACUGCGGGGUUAUGUACAAGCCCAUCUCAGUGUACCUUAUAUGGUACGGCAAGUUCACAGACGCGCAAAAGCAGAUCAUCCGCACGUUUAUCGAGUCACUCAAUAACAGCAAUGACACCGACGCUACAGUCACCAACUGGUGGAACGUCAAUCGCCUAUACUACGACGCGAUGGGCAACCAUAUCUCUGCAUAUGUGACUCUAAAGGGGGAGAUCGACGACGCAGAUUACUCCAAGGGCCGUUCUCUGCUCAGCACCGACGUGGCGAAACUUGUCUCGUCCGCGGUUACCAGCAAGCAGUUCGCGAACGACCCGAACGGCGUGUAUUUCGUCAUGGGAGACCAAACGGUGGCGCAAGAAGAUGAUACUGCUCCGGAGAAAUCCGCGUUCUGCAGGAACUACUGCGGGUGGCACUUCUACACGCGCGAUGCUCUGGAACUCCCCAUCGCAUUCGUUGGCAAUGCCGCCACCAGGUGUCCCAAGCGCUGCAUCCCUCCUCGUCUCAACCGCCGCGGAGCAGUGUCCCCGAACGGGGACGCGGGGAUGGACGGGAUGGUGUCGGUGUUGGCGCAUGAACUCGCAGAGGCCACCAGCAGCCCCUUCCUCGCCACGUGGUUCGACGACCACGGCGAGGAGAACGCCGACAUCUGCUCACACGAAUACGGGGAUGUGAAGAAGGAUGCGGUUACCGGCGCGGUGUAUAAUCUUGUUGGCGUGCGCGGGUCGAGCCCCGAGCGGGCGCGCGGAGCGCAGGGGCGGUGGGUCUCCGAGCGGAUCGAAACCGUCGGAUCGGAUCCCCCGGCCGCCACAAACGGCGCCUUUCGCGGCGGCCCGAGCGGCGACAGAGGCGGAGGCGUAGGAAGGGGAGGGGGCGGUUGGAGGGACCAAGACCGUUGGCGCGGCGGAGAGGGGUACUUAGACGGGGGGAGGUAUGGCGGCGGGUUUAGCAGCAGCCGCGGGUAUAACAGCGCGGAGGGGAGGGGGAGGGGAAGGGGGAGGGGGGGAAGGGUGGGCUGGGGGGACCGGUACCAAGGGCAGGGGGGCUUCGAGGAAGGUGCGGAGGGUAUGGACGUGGAUGGUGGGUUAGAUGCCGGUGGUGGUGGUUUUGGUGGUGGUGCUGCUGGUGGAGGUCCCAAGGGAGAGAUCAGGCCGGAAUUUGUGAAUCCUGACCCGCAGCACAUCCCGAGAUCAGCCCGCUUCUUCCUGCAUGACGAUCGGAUGAACGAGCCCAUUCGCCGCCCUCGCCUCUCAUCAGGCCUGCCCGCAGACUAUUCCAACCUCAACAGCAGCACUUGGGGCCCUAGACCCGGUGAUUCCUCCUUUGAUUUUGAAGAUGAUGGCAAGGGGAGGAGAGAGGAGGGGCGGGGUAGGGAGAGGAAGAGGGAGAGGGAGGAGGAGAGGGCGGGAGAGAGGGAGGGCGAGAGGGGGAGGAAUGGGAACAGGGGUAAGGAAAGGGGGAGGGAACGAGGUGGCGAGGAGAGGGAGAGGGAGAGGGAGGGUAAACGUGGGAGGUAUGAAGAUGAGAGGGAGAGAGGGGUGGAUAGGAGUGAGAGAGGAGGGAAAGGGGAGACAAGGGAGAGGGGAGGGGGGGCUGGGAAGGAGAGGGGCGAGGACCGAUGGGGUCAUGAUAAGUUUGAAGAGGGGAGGAAGGAGGUUGAAGGAGGAGGGGAAAGGGAUGUAGUUCCAAAGAGAAGGAGCUUUGUUGUUGUGGCUAAGGGUGGAAAGGACGAUUCAGCUGCUGCUGCUGCUGCUGGUGCUGGUGCUGAUCCUGCUGGUGCUUAUGGUACAGGUGUGGGCAAUGAACGCUAUGUGGUUGAUAGACCUGUUUCGGCUGGCCGGCAUCGGGAAAAGGAGAGGGACAGGGGCAGGGACAAGGAGAGGGACGGAGAGAGGGACGGAGAGAGGGACGGAGAGAGAGACAGAGAGAGGGAGCAGAGGAGGAGCGAUCGAGCCGAAAGAAGCAGGGAGCGUGGGGAGCGGGCACGUGACUGGGUCGAGGAAACGGCCAAGUACCGUGGACACUACUAUUACGGCCGCGACCAGGUUUACCCAGGCACAGCAGACUCCCGUCGCGACCGUGUUCGCACGAAUGUGGAGUCGGGGAGAAGAGGUCAUGCACCUUUGGAUGAUGGGUGGCGGGACGAGGAGCAGCCGGUGAGAGUGAGGAGUUUCAAGAGGGAGGGGGGAGGGGAGGACAGGUGGCAGCAUGACAAGUUUGGUGACGUGGCCAAGAGCCCCACGCCGCCCCCUGCUGCUGUUGGUGUUGGUGCUGUUGGUGGUGCUGCUGAUGCUGCUGGGCCUGAUAUCAGUCGGAUUGAGGCACUGCUUGCAAGCUGA